AUGAAGAAGCAAUUUUUUGAGGAAGAUUGUAGACCAGUUGACACAGAAAAAUACAAAAGGCUACCCUAUUCUCAAAGAGUGCAGAAUCCUAAACAAGAAGAGCAAUUUGAGAGAUUUUUAAAUGUAUUUAAGAAGCUGCAGAUUAAUAUUCCUUUUGCGAAAGCAUUGGAACAAAUGUCAUCUUAUGCCAAGUUCAUGAAGGAGCUACUAUCUAAGAAAAGGAAGUUGGAACAUGACAAGACAGUACCAUUAACUAAACAAUGCAGUGUUAUUCUUAAAAGAAAACUCCCUCAAAAGCUCAAGGAUUUAGAAUCUUUCAGCAUUCCUUGUGAAAUUGGAAAAUGCACUGUGGAAAAAGCUUUAUAUGAUCUAAGGGCAAGCAUUAAUCUCAUGCCUCUAGCUAUCAUAAGGAAGUUGGGAAUAAAAGAAGUGAAACCAACCAACAUUACACUACAAUUAGCUGAUAGAUCUUAUAUAUAUCCAUAUGGAGUUGUAGAAGACUUGUUAGUUAAGAUUGACAAAUUUAUUUUGCUUGCAGAUUUUGUUAUUUUUGAUAUGGAAGUGGAUACGAACAUACUAUUAAUUCUGAGUAGACCAUUUCUUGCAACUGGAAGAGCUCUUAUUGAUGUGAGCUCAUGCUUAAACUACAAGAUGAAAAGGUGA